AUGCAAGAUCCGUCACUCUAUGAUGCGCGGCACCCUUGGGAUGAUGUCAGCUCGAUUGGUGUCCCAUGCGUGGCUUCAACUCCUCGUUGGUCGACCAAGGAACAGGGCCUGGCCUCGUCGAUCGUAUCGCUGCCAGAGUCAUAUGGAUCUAGCGGAACAUCAGCCCAAGCAUCGACCGCCGCAUCAUCACCGCCGCCGAACCCGGGCCCGUCGUCUGGCGAUCACUCUUCCACGGGUACAUCAAGCGCCUCCUCGUCAUCUGCAAGUUCGAGCUCUGAUGACGCCCGGGCGUUCGAGUGGCCGCCAUUGAGGGACUAUUUCAUCAAGUCAAUGGACGACUCGGAAGCGGAGCGCAGCAGAACAGGGCCUUCAGGGAUGCCGGAGAUCACUUGGGAGUCCGGGAAGCCGAGUCUGGUCAGUCGGCCUCGUUGACUCGGAACGGACUGAGCCAGCCUGGUGCGGGCAAGGGGCAAGAGGGUAAAGCGUCUGAUCGUUGACGAGUGCGUUCGACCUGUGCAGAGAACCCGCGGACGUUUCAUUACCUACCGUGACCCAGUGCAUUUCGGUCGCCUGGACUUCUCCGACGAGAUGCCGGGUGCUGCCCUCCUCACUCGAGAAGCCUUUGAAGCCGGAGGCGCCAACGCAAUCAGCGCCAACAGGAGCUCACACUGCGAGCAGCACGACGCUCCACAAGACUGGUCACCGGUCGCGGUAGUAGGUGAUAUCAUGGUCAGGGGUCAGGUACCCAAUGUAGGUGGCGACAAAGAAGCUCUCCACGAACGGUUUGAGGGGUACAUCCGUGCGCUCGCCUCCAACCCGAUCCGCUCGCACGCCUUCGGCUUUAUCCUCGUCGAAUCGACCCUCGUCAUCUUUCUUUGCACCCAUAGCGGUCUAUUGUUCAGUCCCGAUAUUGAGUGCACCGAAGCAAAUGGCUACCUCUCGACCUUCUUUGCUCGACUGCUCAGCCUGACGGACUCGGAGCUUGGCAUCGUCGCGAGCCUGUCUGCUUACCCGUUCGCCUUCGCCGGGUUGCCUCUGCGGGUGCCUCGAUAUCGCAAGCACUUGGCGUCAGUCCCCACGUUCAGUCGCGUCGAGGUUGUGGAACAGCUCUGCCGGAGCACCUUUUGGGAUGGACGGUGCACGUCGGCCUAUCGAGUCAGGGCGACCCGAGGCGGUGGCGAGAAGGAAGCGUCCACGUCUACCCAGGAAUAUGCCAUGACGGUUUCUUUCGUAGCGGCGCCUCGAAGCGAUGAACACGACCGUAUCCGCCUCUCCAUCGCUACAGCUUCACCCGAAGAGCGCGAAGGGUUGACCAACAUUGUCGAUGUGUACCGCGAGAGCGAGUUCACCGUUGUGCCCAAGUUUCUCGGAGGCGGCGGUGGCCUGCCGCGUGGGUUCCGAUUCACGCCAAGGGCGAUGGAAGUCGCCUUUCAUGAGCAAUGCUUUGAUCCCAUCUGGGUCAUCGAUUCGACCGUCUCCCUUGCUCGAGUCAUCCUGGGUGUAGCCAAAGGUGAGUGUCAGGACUUGGCUAUGAUUGGGGCGUAUCGGCGCGAUGAUCUCACGAGCUCCUGUGUCGUCCUCAGGUCUGCGUAAUCUCUACCGGAUGCACAUCCUGCAUCGUGACGUCUCGGCCGGGAACAUUUUGGUCGCUCCAGAUGGACAGGGUGUGCUCAUCGAUUACGACCUGGCCAUCUACAUCAAGGAUGACGGUCCCGCCCCCGCCGAGCGAUACCGCCGAGCCGUAGGUUCAGCUUCGCUGGGAGUCGAACGUAAAGACUUCGAGUGUGCUGUAUGAGCUGACGAGCCCGGGCUGUCUCGUCUCCGUAGGGGACUUUGGCCUUCCUAGCUCGCCAAAGAUUCCCACCCCUUGGCGGUGUGGGACCCCCUCUUCCCCAUCAGCCCUGGCACGACAUCGAGUCGCUCGCUUACGUGAUUCUCUACCUCAUAUUCAGUCGACCCGAGGGUCCCAAUGGCCCAAAGGCCAUGAUACCCACCACCAGAAUCCUUUGGUCCGGCUGGGAGGACCCGGGAAGCUUCCCCGCCGAAAGCAAGAUGGUGCUGUUCCGAAGCCACUACGGCCUACAAAAGACACUUCAACCCUAUACGUCUUAUUGGACUGGCGUUUUCGACCUACUCGGAAUCGUCAUGCACUUUUGCGGGCUGGAUCAUCCCCGGAGUCGCAACCUGAGGCAGAGAGAAGAAGCUGAAGUGAAAGCUCCGUGGGAGCAGGGUAAGCUUUCUCACGAUGGAUUGAUUUCUGAUUUGGCAGCCCUUGUCGACAGGCCUUAG